AUGCGAUAAAACAUGCUUAACUUGUUUUUGGCAUUUUUUCAUAUUGUACUUAAUGUGAUUAAAACUUAAAUUUAACACUCAAUUAUUGAUGUAUUUGUAAAUCAGGGCAUUUCUUUAAUAUCCUUUCUUAAUAAUUUGGAAGUAUUGUUUAAAUUAAUUUUUAGUUUGCAAUUUUACUUGCACAGAAUGCUUAACUUAAAUUAAAUGUUUAAUUUGUGAAUUAAUCACUAGAUAUCUUGAUAAUGACACAUCAAAAUGUAUAUGCAAGGAUGGUUUUAUGA